CAAAACGAAAAACCUAACCUCCUCCCCCUCCCCCUCCCCGGCCGCCUUCACAUCGUCUCCGGUGAUCUGCAGGUGUGGAUCGCCCCCGGGAGAGCCCUCGCGCGCGACGGCAAUGUCGACCUUCGCCAAGCCCGAGAACGCCCUCAAGAGAGCGGAGGAGUUGAUACAUGUUGGACAAAAGCAGGCAGCGCUGCAGGCGCUGCACGAUCUCAUUACAUCAAGAAGAUACAAGUCAUGGCAAAAGCCUCUUGAGAAGAUCAUGAUGAAGUAUGUAGAGCUGUGUGUAGAUCUAAGGCAAGGCAGAUUUGCCAAAGAUGGUCUUAUUCAGUACAGAAUUGUCUGCCAGCAAGUCAACGUGUCAUCUUUGGAGGAGGUCAUAAAACACUUUAUGCAGCUGUCCAAUGAGAAAGCCGAGGAAGCAAGGAAUCAGGCACAAGCACUGGAAGAUGCUCUGGAUGUCGUAGAUCUUGAAGCGGACAAGCGUCCAGAGGACUUGAUGCUCAGUUAUGUUAGAGGGGAGAAAGGGAAGGACCGAUCGGACAGGGAGUUUGUCACUCCAUGGUUUAAGUUUCUGUGGGAGACAUACAGGACGGUGCUCGAGAUACUGAGAAAUAAUUCAAAGCUUGAAGCGCUAUAUGCUAUGACUGCGCACAAGGCUUUUCAAUUUUGCAAGCAGUAUAAAAGAGCCACUGAGUUCCGUAGGUUGUGUGAGAUCAUUAGAAACCAUCUUGCAAACUUGAACAAGUAUCGUGACCAGCGAGAUCGUCCUGAUCUGACUGCCCCCGAAACCUGUCAGCUCUAUCUUGAUACUAGGGUUGAACAACUGAAAAUUGCUACAGAACUUUCCCUAUGGCAGGAAGCCUUCCGAUCAGUGGAGGAUAUCCAUGGCUUGAUGAGUAUGGUUAAGAGGACUCCAAAACCAUCUGUCCUGGUCGUAUAUUAUGCCAAACUAACUGAAAUAUUCUGGAUUUCUGGGAGUCACUUGUAUCAUGCAUAUGCAUGGCUGAAGCUUUUCAACUUGCAGAAGAGUUUCAAUAAAAAAUUAACUCAGAAGGAUCUGCAACUACUAGCAUCUUCUGUUUUGCUCGCUGCACUUUCUGUUACACCAUAUGACCAUAAAUAUGGUGCAUCUCAUCUUGAGCUUGAAAAUGAAAAAGACCGUAGCUUGCGUAUGGCCAACCUUUUCAAUUUCUCCUUCGACUCCAAGCGUGAGAAUAGAGAAAUGGUUUCUAGAGCAUCUCUUCUUUCUGAGUUGGCUGCCAAAGGUGUGAUUUCAUGUGCUUCCCAAGAAGUGAAAGAUCUAUACAACCUUAUGGAGCAUGAAUUCCUUCCUCUGGAUCUAGCAUCAAAAGUACAGCCUCUGCUUUCCAAGAUUUCUACGAUCGGAGGAAAGCUUUCAGCUGCAUCUUCAGUUCCUGAAAUUCAGUUAUCACAGUACCAAUCUUCAUUGGAGAAGCUUACAACACUGAGGGUGCUGCAGCAGGCAUCUCGCAUUUUCCAGUCCAUGAAGAUUGACAUGCUCUCUAGAAUGAUCCCAUUCUUUGACUUCAAUGCUGUGGAAAAGAUGGCUGUUGAUGCGGUCAAGCAUAAUUUUGUUGCUAUGAAAGUUAACCAUUUGUCUGGAGCUGUUUAUUUUGGCAAAAUGGACAUAGAAUCUGAUGCACUUGGUAGUCACCUCUGCGUCUUCACUGAUUCUCUAAACAAAGCAAGGAGUCUCAUCCAUCCACCUGUGCAUAAACCAUCCAAACUCACUGAAAACUUCAGUCUCGCUGGAGUGGUGGAGAAAGAACAUAAAAGGCUUCUUGCGAGGAAAUCAAUUAUUGAAAAACGUAAAGAAGACCUUGAGCGUCAAAUAAUGGAAAAGGAAAAAGUUGAGGAGUCAAAGAGAUUGAGUAUCCAGAAGAAAUCUGCAGACGAAGAAAGGGAGAGGCUUUUGAAGGACCAGAGACUCAGGGAGCAGCAGAGGAUCAGUCGAGAAAUAAAGGAAAAAGAGCGCCUGGAAGCAGAAAAAAUAAUAAAUGAUUUGAAAAAAGUAAUUAAGAAUGGGGGCAAAAUUCACAUUGAGGGGGAUAUGACAAAACAAUUCGCCAUGGAGGUGGUACGGAGUCAACGGGUGAAGGAGUUUGAAGAGAUGGAAAAAAAACUGCAGAAGCUUGCAAAGAAAAUGGAUCACUUGGAGAGGGCAAAACGGCAGGAGGAAGCACCACUGAUUGAGGAGGCCUUCCGAAAGCGCCUUGAGGAAGAAAAGAUCCUUCAUGAGCAUGAGCAGCUGAGAGAGAUUGAGCUCAGCAAGCAACACCACACGGGUGACUUGGAGGAGAAAAAUAGGCUUUCUCGAUUGUUGGAGCAUAAGAAUGCUUUCCAGGAAAGAAUUGUCCAACGCCGUGAAGCUGAGUAUAGUAGCCUCAGGAAAGAGAGGGAAGAAAGGAUUAAUCAGUUGAUAUCUUCAAGAAAGCGUGAAAGGGAGAUUGUAAGGAAAUUGAUGCAUUACCUGAACAUGGAGGAACAACGGAUCCAAAGAGUGCGUGAGGAAGAGGAGGCUAGAAAACAUGAAGAGGAAGAAAGGAAGAAGACAGAGGCAGCGGAGCUUAAAGCCUAUCUGGAUGCAGUUGCAGCCAAGCAGAGAGAGAAGGAAAGGGAGGUGGAAGAGAAGAAGGAAAAAGAGAGAGCGGAGGCUCUCCAAAGAGCAGCGGAGCCACCUGAUGCACGACCUGCUGCUGCCAUCGCACCAGUCGCACCUGGUCCUAGUAAGUAUGUUCCGCGGCACAAACGUGUCGGCGAGAGUAGCAACCAGAGGCUGGCUGUCGUGCAUGAACCAGACCGUUGGGGUCCGCGCCAAGAGGCUCCACUUGCACGGGAUGUGCGCCCCCUCCGCCAGGAGGCACGCCAAGAGGCUCCACUUGCACGGGAUGUGCGGCCCCUUCGCCAGGAGGCACGCCAAGAGGCAGUCCCGGCUGUUCUGCCUGAAGCAGACCGCUGGAGCCGCAAUGCUGUGCGUCCCCUCCGCCAAGAAGCUCCUCCCGCACGCCAAGAAGCGCCCCCUGCCCGCCAGCCGGAUGGUGCUCCUCCAGCUGGUGGUACUACUGACCGCUGGCGUCCUGGUGGUGGAUCUAGGCCCUCUGCAAAUUCUUCAUCGGCUUCUUCGUCCACAGGCUGGAGGAAGAACUGAAGCUGCCCGCCCUGAAAUGCAUGCCUGUGCCCUGCCAGCAGGUUAAGAUUUUUGCAGUUACUUGAAUUUGUCUGUCUCGCAUCAAAUUUUGUUCCUAAGCGUGGACUCUUCUUCUAGGCUCCCUUCCAUUGCACACCUUUGCACCGUUUCAAAGUCGGUGUUAAUUUUGAUCUUUUGAGACAUCAUACUCCAUCCAUAACGUGUUGCUGUUUGUUACUUUUAACGAGAAUUCAGCUUAGACCUGUUUUCAAUAUACUGCGAUUGGUGAUGA